AUGGCUGCUCACAACCCUUAUAACCUCUCUCAGCAAUACGCGCUGGACUCUAACCCGCACACUCCGAAGCGAGAACCCCCUGGACCUAAACGGCGAGCUACGCGGCACAGCAAGCUUCACCCCCAACCCCCCACCAACACCACCACAACCGACCAAGACUGGCUCUAUUGCGAAGAAGGCGAAAUCCCAAGCACAAUCAGCAUAGGCGCAUCCCAACCCGGUCUUCGCUGGACAAAGAAAUACAUCUGGCGCCUAAGCCCCGAAACCGGGCGCGUAAGCGUCUGGUUCGUGAAAGUUGCGCCAGGCCCCGAAGAAGCGGACUACCUAUUCCACGACUUCGAAUUCGACUCCGACUCUGGGCUAUUGGAUUCAGCGGAGGUGAAGUCCGACGCGCAGAAUGAUCCCGGCGAGUUUGUUGCUCCGCCCGUUCCGUCGGCGGUAUUGGCUACGGGCUCUGGGAAUGAGACGACUGUAUUGAAUGCGCGUGGCAAUCACCUUUGUAUUAAUGAUAUGUAUCGCACUGCUUAUGCGUUCAGGAUUGAGCCCGAGACUGGGGUUGUUGUUAGUUGGGCCAGUCGGCAUGUUGUCCGCGGGCCAAAGAAGGGGCAGGAUAUUGUUAAUCAGUAUGUGAGGGGGGUUUGA